AUGGAGUUAGCGAAACCGGAUAAGAUUUACUUGGAGAAAAAGAAAGCUAAGGAGUUGAAAAAUCUCAGUGAAAAUGUUUCGAAUGGAUUGGAUCCUUUCGAUGAUAAUGAUGAUGCCAAAUUAAAAGAAGUAGCUCGAAAAUUUGAAGCUAAAUAUGGACCAACUCAAAUGACCGGAAAGAAAAAGAAAAAAUAUGACGAAGUUGAUCUUGGAGCAGGAUAUGAUGAGAAUGAUCCCUUUAUAGAUAAUACAGACGCGUAUGAUGAAGUUGUUCCUGAAGGAGUAAAUACUGCUUACGGAGGUUUUUAUAUUAACAGUGGACCUUUAGAAUUUAGUGUCAAAGAAACAAAUCAAAGCGAAAGUAGUGAUGAUGAUGAAGAAGAUAGUCCAGAUUCUAAACGAAGAGAAAGAGAUCUUGACACAUCAGAUGAUGAUGAUACUGAAGAAGUUCUCAACGGACCAAUAACCAAGAAAUUAAAAUUAGAUGAUAACUGUGAAAAGAAAUCUGUUUAUGAUAAUGGGGUAAAACGGAAGAAAAAAAAUCAUGAUCAUUCACAUGGUGAUAACUCAAUUAGGCAAAAAAAUGACAGUAUGGAAGUAGACAAUAGUUUUAUAGAAAAUCAAGAAGAGAGAAAGAGGCUGCAAUGUGAUGCAUCUAGAUCAAAAGAAAAAAAAUUAGCGAAAAAAAAUAUUACAAAUGGCACUGAAGAAAAGAAGGUUGAAUCAAAAAAAUGUUCCGGUAAAGAUAAUAAUAUAGAUGAUGCUAUUGAAAGUGUUGUGAAUGAUGGUAAACUUGAUGAUGAAUCUAGCCGAGACACAAUAGAUUCUGGUAAAUCACGAUGCACAGCUGGGACAUCAUCGGAAUGUGAAGAUGCUGAAAAAAUUGAUAUUCGUUUACCAGAUAAUCUUCCAGAAGAUGUAAAAGAAAUUAUUACAAAGCUUAAAAAGCAUGCUGAAAAUAGUAAAGAAGGAAAAAUAAAAUUUUUUGGUACUUCUGUUAAUGAUACAUUGUUAAGCUUAGAAAAAAAAUUACGCGCUACAGAGUCAUCAACAAUAAGGUCGCAGGUUUACGGCCACUUAGCGCAUUUCUUAUCUUGUAGUAAAAUUACGCUAGUAAGUCGUGCUAGAAAGCUUUGUCUUCAAGAUGCUGAAACAAGAGUUAAAGAACCUGUUCAAAGGUUAAAAACGAUAAUAGAUCGAAUCGUAUCGUCGCAAAGGGAUGAAGAAAAUAAGAAAAUAGCCGAUGAAAAGUGA